AUGGAUGAAAGUACCAGACAUCGACGGAAGAUAAAGAUAAAGAAAAUGGAAAUAGAAUUUGUUCCGGAAAAUAAUUUAGAAUUUGUUUUAAAUCCAAACAAUAAACUCACAGAAGACGCUUUUUAUGGUCCAGGAUGUGGAGGCAACCCAUUUCGACGACGUUUGCAGAAACUUUUAAGAAACUGGAUGAAAUUAAUGGCGAAUAGCAACUUAGAAUAUUUUUUAUGCUACGGUUCUUUGAUGGGAUAUCAACGCACUAAAGAUUUUAUACCUUAUGACCACGAUAUAGACAUUUGCCUUAAUGAAAAAGACUUCCCAAGUUUAAUAAAGAAGGAAUCUCAACGACCUAUCAAUGUACGAGAUAAACUGCCUCACACAAUCAUUGCUCGGAGUUUUGUCAACGGAAAAAGAUUGAAUUGCGAAGGAGUGUUGGUGGACACGAAGAUGGACCCCUGUUCCAUUGUAUCCCCGGCUGCUCGUAUAAUACUAGGCCAGUACAACUUCAUUGAUGUCUAUCUAUACAAAACAGGUCACGUCUAUAAUCCAUAUCCAGAGUUGCAGUUUGACGAGCGAGAAAUAUACCCGAUUAGAUCGUGUUCAUUUGCAGAUAUAAUAACGCGCUGCCCGAGUAAUUCUGAUUCACUUUUAAGAAAAUUCUAUGGUUUGGAGUCUAUCGAGAAACCCCAUCACAUUUGCAUCAAUGGUCAAUUUGUCGCCACAGGAACGAAUGUUACCGAGAGAAAAUUAGACUGGCUGGUGAAAAAGAUUAAACGGUUUAAAAAUAAACGAAAGCGAGAAAAAAAUUUAAGUUAA